GCUGCGCACCACUCAAGACUCAGCCGGAGGACUCGGGCGCACUGGCCGGAGAGCGCGGAGGAGCCAUGGCUACCACCAACGGGACCGUGGAGAACGGGGAGCCCGACAAGAAGCCGCCUGGCCUGCCGUGUCCCAUCAGAAACCUGGAGGUCAAGUUCACUAAGAUAUUCAUCAACAACGAAUGGCAUGAGUCCAAGAGUGGGAAAAAAUUUGCCACGUAUAACCCUUCAACUCUAGAACAAAUAUGCGAAGUGGAGGAAGGGGAUAAGCCCGACGUGGACAAGGCCGUGGAGGCUGCACAUGCCGCCUUCCAGAGGGGUUCCCCGUGGCGCCAGCUGGACGCCCUGAGCCGGGGCCGGCUGCUGCACCAGCUGGCCGACCUUAUGGAGCGGGACCGCAUCGUCCUGGCCACCCUGGAGACGAUGGACACAGGGAAGCCGUUCCUCCAUGCCUUUUUCAUCGACCUGGAGGGCUGUAUCAAAACCCUGAGAUACUUUGCAGGGUGGGCAGACAAAGUGCAGGGCAGAACCAUCCCCACAGAUGACAGCGUGGUGUGUUUCACCAGGCACGAGCCCAUAGGUGUGUGUGGGGCCAUCACUCCUGUAAGGUAGCGGGCUGAAUCCGGGUCCCCCCAUGCCCUCUGUGCCUCGUUGCAGUGGAACUUCCCUCUGCUCAUGCUGGUGUGGAAGCUGGCGCCCGCUCUGUGCUGUGGGAACACUAUUGUCAUAAAGCCUGCAGAACAGACGCCCCUCACCGCCCUCUAUCUCGGCUCUCUGAUCAAAGAGGUCGGGUUCCCUCCAGGUGUGGUGAACAUCGUGCCAGGAUUCGGGCCCACGGUGGGAGCAGCAAUUUCUUCUCAUCCUCAGAUCAACAAGAUAGCCUUCACCGGAUCCACAGAGGUUGGGAAGCUGGUCAAAGAAGCCGCUUCUCGGAGCAACCUGAAGAGGGUCACCCUGGAGCUCGGCGGGAAGAACCCCUGCAUCGUGUGCGCCGACGCCGACUUGGACUUGGCAGUGGAGUGUGCCCAUCAGGGAGUGUUCUUCAACCAAGGCCAGUGCUGUACAGCCGCCUCCAGAGUGUUUGUGGAAGAGCAGCUCUAUGCGGAGUUCGUCAGGAGGAGCGUGGAGUACGCCAAGAAACGGUCCGUCGGAGACCCCUUCGAUGCCAGAACGGAGCAGGGGCCCCAGAUUGACCAAACCCAGUUUGAUAAAAUCCUCGAUCUGAUUGAGAGCGGCAAGAAGGAGGGAGCCAAGCUGGAAUGUGGGGGCUCGGCCAUGGAAGACAGGGGGCUCUACAUCAAGCCCACCGUCUUCUCGGAAGUCACCGACACCAUGCGGAUUGCCAAAGAGGAGAUUUUUGGACCGGUGCAGCCAAUACUGAAGUUCAAAACUAUCGAAGAAGUGAUCCAAAGAGCAAACAGCCUGGAAUACGGGCUCACAGCAGCCGUGUUCACCAAAAACCUGGACAAGGCCCUGAAGCUGGCCUCCGCGUUAGAGUCCGGCACUGUGUGGAUCAACUGCUACAACGCCAUCUACGCACAGGCUCCAUUUGGUGGCUUUAAAAUGUCGGGCAAUGGCAGAGAAUUAGGUGAAUAUGCGUUGGCCGAAUACACCGAGGUGAAAACCGUCACCAUCAAACUGGACCACAAGAACCCCUGAGAGACGGACAGGCUCUUCCCUCCGACAUCUGACAGCUGAAUGUGGCCCAUCAAACCUGCCGAAGAAAAAGUGCUGUUUCUGACCUUCCUGGCCCACUCUCUUCUGGAAACCUUUCCACUGGAUGGGAACCAUCUUUAUUUUCCUCUCGCACUUCUGUUGGGGGUGAAAUUGCAGUUCUGCCUGCAGGUGGCGCUAUUGGGUAUUUCCCACUUCCCUUUUCAACCAGGUCCCGGGGACAGGGAGGCGCCCGGGGCGCUGCCAACAGAAAAUGGUGUUUGAAGUAUCCAGCAGUCCCUUAAAAAUGCUUUGCUGACUCUGCUUUGGGAAGAAUUUGGAGAGACCUCCCCGUAUGCUCUAGAAAUAGGGCCCCGCACCUGCGGGUCCCUCAGGGUUACCUGCCCACAGAACAAGCCCCUCCUACCGUUUAGUUGAAAAGGAAUAGCACUAAGUUAAAAAACAAAACCAACAACAACAACAAAAAUAAACCAGGAUUGCAAGGAUCCAAUGCGGGGUGCUCUGGGGAAGUAAGUACCGCGGAAGGUUACUGAAAAUCUUGGGUGUGAAGCGGCUUGGGUCUACCAUGACUACAUCUUGGCCUUGACCUUGGGCCUCAGUUUAAAACCAAUGCUGCCUUUGGAACGUGACUGGAUCACCAGCCCAAAGAGCUUAUCUGAAACGAUGCGGGGUCUACUUUAACCAAGGCCCAUUCUCAGGCAGAAAGCAUCGCUAAGUGUCCCUCACUGUCACGGCUAAGCACCCAAUGCUCUGACACUUCCAACAGCAGAGUAAAUCCUAAGAUAAUUAAGUCCUGCAUUUUACAGACCAGAGCCGUAACUCGCUUUUAUAAAUUAUGCUUUUCUACCACUUGGAUUCGCGCCUGUGUUGUUUUCCUUUUGUCCAGCUGGGUUGCCCAUUUUAGAUCAGUAAAACAUACACAGCCAGGGAGGCUGCUGUUCUAACGCGGCCCCAGCUUUUUCAAGUCCUAUCUUGGUAUUAAUUCGUGAUUAAUCAGCAAAUAACACCCAGACCCCAGGGGGGAACUGGAUUUCCUAUUAAAGCGGCCUGAUUUCUGCACUAACAGGUUGGGAGUUUUUCGUUCCCUCUUCGUGCAAUUACAGCUUUAACUUGGAAAACGGAAGGUAGUCCCUUAUGGCUUUCAAAAAACAAAACCAGACUUAAAUUGGCUUCUCCUGAGAAUCGAAACUACGCUCUGACUGUUAUCAACUAGUACUCUUCUAAUGGUGCUGAUGUUUGAGAAUUCCAUUCUGUUUGUGAAUUCAAUCGGGGGAGGGACAAUAAUAAAAUGAAGAGCUAUGUCCAAACCAGUGUACGUAUAAAGAAAGUCGUAUAUGGCAUGGGGUUAGCCUUCUUUGCCAGAAAUAUGCAACACACCAUUCUCUGUCCCUUCCACAUCUGUUAGCACUUAUCACUUACACUGUCAGUUAAAUCAGGAUUUAACUCAUACACUGAAUUUUCAGGAUUUUAUCUCAAGCAAUUAUAGACACUAACCUUGAUAGCAAUACAUUAGAGGGUUCUUAUUCUUUCACUGUACAAUAACGUCUUUAAUAUGCAAUGGUACAUUAUUUAUAAUGGGUAUAGUUAAUGUAUCUUUUUAUAGUU